AUGGAUGGUCAUUCAAGUAGUGAUGUUGGUUCUAGUUCUGUGUCAUCUAUUCCUAACCCUAGUUCAGCUCUCCCACCAAAACCUAUAAAAUCUGAGCAAACAUCAGUGAAAGCAUGGUACAAAUGCCAUGCUUGGGCAUUUGAGGAAUACUUGCAAAAACUAUCCGGUAGGUUUGAUAAAGAUGAUAAGUCACAGUCAAAGUUAAGUUUUGAGGGUAAGAGGGAAGGCCAAAUGGCAGUGGGAAAAGGAUCUGUUGGUAAUUUGGUGAUUACUAAAUACAAUGCUGCGAAAAUAAAGGAAGUAAUUGCUAAGAUGAUAAUUAAGGAUGAGUUGCCAUUUAGGUUUGUGGAAGGUGAAGGGUUUCGGGAUUUUAUGAAUAUAGUUGAGCCUAGGUUUUCAAUUCAUUUUCGUUAUACUGUGAUGAAAGAUUGUGUUAAGCUCUUCUUGUCUGAGAAGGAAAAGUUGAGGGCAAUGUUUAUGACAACUGGGGUUCGGGUUUGUCUUACCACUGAUACGUGGACUUCGAUUCAAAACCUUAAUUACAUGGUAAUCACCUCUCAUUUUGUUGAUAGUGAUUGGAACUUACACAAAAGAAUUAUAAACUUUUGUUUAAUUCCUAAUCACAAAGCUGAUACCAUUGGGGAGAAGAUUUUGUCGUGUAUGCGUGAGUGGGGUAUUCGUAACAUUUUCACUAUCACAGUUGACAAUGCUUCUACCAAUGAUGGUGCUUUGGAGUUUGUGAAAUGGAGAACUAGUAAUAAGGAGGGCGCCAUAUUAGAGAGUCAGUUUAUGCAUAUUAGGUGUUGUGCACACAUACUAAAUCUUAUUGUGACUGAUGGUUUGAAAGAGGUUGAUGAGUCCAUUGUGAGGGUUAGAAGUGCGGUGAAGUAUGUGAAGUCUUCACCUGCAAGAUUUGACAAGUUUAAGGCUUGUAUUGAAAGAGAACAACUUGAUUUCAAGGGUUUGUUGUGUCUUGAUGUUCCCACUAGAUGGAACUCUACAUAUUUGAUGUUGGAAGGUGCUAAAAAAUGUGGAGCUACUUUCCAACUUAUUGAAGAGCUUGAUAAGACCUUUAAGCCUACAUUGACCGAGGAAAAGAAUGAGAAAAUUGGUUUGGGACCUCCUACUUGUGCUGAUUGGAGUCGUAUUAAGAUUUUUCUCAAGUUUCUCAAAGUUUUUUAUGAUGGAACAAUUCGAAUUUCGGGGUCUUUGUAUUAUGCUUCUAAUAUGUACUUUCAAGAAAUUUGUGGCAUUCAAAUGCAUUUACAAGAGUAUAUUGAUAAUGGUGAUUAUGUAUUGAGUCCUAUGGCGGAGAAGAUGAUGACGAAGUACAAUAAAUAUUGGGGGGAUCUUGAGAACAAUGAUAGGGUUAACUUGAUGAUGUUUGUUGCGGUUAUACUUGAUCCACAAACCAAAUUGGUGUCUUUAAAAUAUUGA